AUGGCUAGAAGAAAGGACCCAAAGAAGGCCCAAAAGUCGGCCUCGGCUAGAACCACGGCCUCUGUUUUUCAGAACUACAGCGAAGAGACCAAUCCAGAACCCAUUUCUCAACCCACGGAGAAACCAGCUCCACAAAGAGAAGUUUUGACGGAUGACCCUUCUCAGUACAAUUUUCCAUGGAACGUGAUCUACGAAUUUCAAGAUUUCUUGAACCUUUACAUGGACUUCUGCAAAGCUGCCCAAAUCAUGACAGUACUAUACAUUGGCCAGAUAUUCUAUGUCCACUCCACCAAAAUGAACGACUUCAACACAUUGUCCUCUGUCGGGUUCAGUAUGCUAGGUGCAAUUUUGGCCUUAUGGCUUAACCACCGCUCCAUGUUGAACAAGCACAAGGAGCAGCCAGAAAGGUUCAAAGAGCCCGUGUUGCCUGAUUUCAACACCAUGUAUGCGUUUGUCAUUCCAACGUUGCUGUUUGUUCUUUUGGGAGACGUCAAAUCGCCCUUUUUCCAAGUGAACUUGGCAUUGAACAACUUUGCCAUCAAGAACCUUCAUGUGGUUGCAAAAAUGCUCUCGUCGUUUGUUUUUUACUACAUCUACAACGACAGCGAGUCUGUGGACGUUUUGUCCUUUCUUCGAGUGAUCUUCACUUAUUUUGCAUUCGAAUACAUUUUGGAUAACUGGAAUGAGUUAAGCGACGAGUUGGAAACCUCAGUGAAAUUGACUACGAUGUUGCCCGCAGAGAUCCACAUGAUCUGUGUUCUCAUGGUCAAUUUGUUGUACAAUUUUGAUGUUAGAACAAUGCCCUUUGCUUUGGUGCUUUUCCGUGAACUUCUUAUGGCCCUCAUCGUGGCAAGUUUCGUCUCGUAUCAGUUGUACUGGGUCUAUUUGAGAAUGCAGCAAAACGCUCUCAGAAAGACCCUUGCAGUGUUGAUAGCUGUUGUGUUCUGUGCUGUAUUCUACUUCGCCAUGGAUAUGCUUUUCAAAAGAGAGUUGCACGACCAGAACCCCGUCUUGUGGCUCGUCUAUUACAUUUUGCAAUCGGAAGAACGUUUGCACUUGAUCGGGUACUGGAUUGUUUGUCUUUUAGUGGCCAUUCCGAUUAUUUUUGGCAUGGCUUACAACAACUAUAUCAGCCUCAACAUCCGCAGAAAAGUGUGGCAUUUUAUGUUAGUAAUCUGCUUGGGGUACCCAGCGUUUGUUACCCAACCCGAAUUCACAGCGAUCGCUUUGUUGGGAUCUCUUGUUGUGUUUAUGGUGAUUGAAAUGAUCCGUUGCACCAGAAUCACUUUCCUAGGAGAGUUCUUGUAUACCGAGUUGAGGUUUUUCCAGGACGAAAAAGACCUCAAGGGCCCACUCAACUUGUCGUACAUUUUCCUUCUUGCUGGUGUUGCUGGUCCCUUAGCAUACGGCUACGUGCUUGGAGACGUGGUCAAUUUAAGAUCUUACAUUGGACUUGUUACCCUCGGGUUGGGCGACUCCCUUGCGUCGAUCGUAGGAAAGAAGUUCGGCAAGAUCAAAUGGAAAGGUGCUCUGAGAACGUUGGAAGGCACCAUCACGUUCAUGGUGGUUACCUUUGCGUCGUUCGUCGUCAUUGACUUCUACCUUUUGCCGGAAGAAAACAGAGUCAAAAAUUGGGAAAACACCUUUAUUGUCGCCAUGGUGGCUGGAAUCCUCGAAGGUUCAGCUACCCUCAACGACAACAUCUUGAUCCCAUGCAUGGUCACUUUAACCUACGAUCUCCUCAACCGGACGUUCUAG